GGCCGGGUGGUUUUUAAUCAGAAACGGUUCCGCCACGCCGCUGAUCGGACUGCUCGUUCGCGCCUCUCGCUGAGCGCACUCGGCCGCCGAGCUCGUCUCUCUUCGUCGUCUGCUCGCAUUCUACGGCAUACAUACAUGAAGUCGUCAGUUGAUACCCAGGCGCUGGACCAUGCAGGCGCCUGCAGUUCUGAAUUUUUCUAUCCACCCGGGUGCCUGGUUCCAGCAUCCGAAAGUUUCCGGCAAUGUCUCUCGUCGCCAGAACAACGAGCGGGUUCUCUUCCUUAUCCGCUCGGCUCCUACUACCGGCCAGACGUCGGUGCCCUGUCGCAAAUCACGAGUCUGGCGGUCGCCGAAGGGGCGAUGAAGCCUCCGUACUCGUACAUCGCUCUCAUCACGAUGGCCAUACGUAGCACUCCAGAGCAGAAGAUAACGCUCAACGGCAUCUACAAGUUCAUCAUGGACAGGUUCCCCUUCUAUCACCACAACAAGCAAGGCUGGCAGAACUCCAUUAGGCACAACCUCUCCCUCAAUGACUGCUUCGUAAAACUGCCGCGCGAGAAGGGCAAACCGGGAAAGGGUCAUUACUGGACGUUGGGCGCCAACUGCGAGUCCAUGUUCGAGAACGGCAACUUCAGGCGCAGGAAACGCAGGAAGAAACAGCCCGCGAUGGAUAUGGAUUGCCCGGCCGCAGUCACCUUCACUAAGCAUGACCGACUCUUCGCCGCCGCAGCAGCGGCAGCCGCCGUGGCGGGAAGACCAUACCACGAGCUCGACCUGUCGACACCCGUCAGGCUGCCGCUACCGUCUAGCGCAAUGCGAUCUCCCGAGAUGCUCGCGCAGCCCAACGUCGGCCCACCGGCGACGCCCGCAGAUACGGCGAAAGCUGACGGACGGUUCAACAGCUCCUUCACUAUUGAGAGCAUCAUGAGGCGGCCCUCGAGGGCAACGUCGAAUCGAACGGAAACGGACGCGCCGCCCCUACACGUACCGCGGCUGGGCGCUACCGCCGGCUGCGGGGGCAGCACGCUCUUCGGCCGUUUUCCCUCGUUCUCGUUGCCGCUGUAUUUAGAAAAAAGCUGGUUGGCGUCGGAGCGCAUCGGUCUAAUGCAAGAACAGCAGCCUGGCGUUGCCUUGGUGUCUCCGCUGAGUAGGUACGAAGCACUCCUGAAUUGCAAGCGCUCACUCGUCACUCAGGCGCCCUUCGAUACCUUCCCGCCGCUACUGAAGGUCGAACUUGAUGAAAAAAGGACUCCCGCGCCGUGAUGUGCACGGUGAUUGUGCAUCUAUAAUGCUCGUGUUCAACUAUCACACGAUUUAUUUAUGAUAUCCCUGAAGAUAUGUGUUCAACCAGAA